UGCUGCAGUUACUGUUUCUGUUUGAUCUCUUUGAUAACAUUGAAACAAUGUGCUUCAUAGCUGCAAUGUUAAAUAAAUAGACUUCAGCUCCCCAGGAAUAUGAUUGAAAACAGUAUGUUUGAGGAAGAACCAGAUGUGGUGGAUUUAGCCAAAGAGCCUUGUUUACAUCCAUUAGAGCCUGAUGAAGUGGAAUAUGAGCCCCGGGGUUCCCGACUGCUGGUGCGAGGUCUUGGCGAACAUGAGAUGGAUGAGGACGAAGAGGAUUAUGAAUCAUCUGCAAAGCUGCUGGGCAUGUCCUUUAUGAACAGAAGCUCCGGCCUUCGGAACAAUGCAGCUGGCUACAGGCAGAGUGCAGAUGGGGCUUGUUCUGUACCCUCUGCAAGGACCUUGGUGGUCUGUGCUUUUGUCAUUUUGGUUGCUGUUUCUGUCAUCAUGGUGAUUUACCUACUGCCUAGAUGUACUUUUACCAAAGAAGGCUGCCAUAAAAAAAACCAGUCAAUGAAACUAAUUCAGCCACUUGCAACAAAUGGGAAGUUAUUUCCAUGGGCACAAAUGAGGCUUCCCACUGCCGUUAUGCCACAACGCUAUGAACUUGACCUACACCCAAACUUAACUUCAAUGACUUUCAGGGGUUCUGUGACAAUUUCAGUUCAGGCUCUUCAGGCCACAUGGAACAUUAUUCUUCAUAGUACAGGUCAUAAUAUUUCAAGAGUGACUUUCAUGUCAGUUUCAAGCCAAGAAAAACAAGUUGAAAUUUUGGAAUAUCCAUAUCAUGAACAAAUCGCCAUUGUUGCCCCAGAAGCCCUUCUAGCAGGGCACAAUUAUACCAUGAAGAUAGAAUUUUCAGCAAAUAUAUCUAAUUCUUACUAUGGGUUUUAUGGCAUCACCUACAAAGAUGAAAGUACUGAGAAAAAGUACUUUGCAGCAACUCAAUUUGAACCUCUGGCAGCAAGAUCUGCUUUUCCUUGUUUCGAUGAACCAGCGUUUAAAGCUACAUUUGUCAUUAGGAUCAUAAGGGAUGAGCAAUACACUGCUUUAUCAAAUAUGCCUAAGAAAUCAUCAGUCCCUAUGGAAGAUGGACUUGUUCAGGAUGAGUUUUUUGAGAGUGUGAAGAUGAGCACCUACCUGGUCGCUUUCAUUAUAGGCGAGAUGAAGAACCUGAGUCAGGAUGUAAAUGGAACUCUGGUUUCUAUAUAUACUGUACCAGAAAAAAUUGGUCAAGUUCGUCAUGCCUUGGAAACAACAGUGAAGCUUCUUGAGUUUUAUCAAAACUACUUUGAAAUUCAGUACCCACUUAAAAAAUUGGAUUUGGUGGCCAUUCCUGACUUUGAAGCAGGAGCAAUGGAAAAUUGGGGCUUGCUCACCUUCCGUGAAGAGACCCUUCUGUAUGACAAUAAUACUUCUUCAGUGGCGGAUAGAAAACUGGUUACUAAAAUCAUUGCUCAUGAGCUGGCCCACCAGUGGUUUGGUAAUCUGGUAACAAUGCAGUGGUGGAAUGAUCUAUGGCUAAAUGAAGGUUUUGCAACAUUCAUGGAGUAUUUCUCUUUGGAAAAAAUCUUUAAAGAGCUUUCAAGUUAUGAAGAUUUCUUAGAUGCUCGAUUUAAAACCAUGAGGAAAGAUGCUUUGAAUUCAUCUCAUCCAAUAUUAUCAUCUGUUCGGUCUUCAGAACAAAUUGAAGAAAUGUUUGAUUCUCUUUCCUAUUUUAAGGGAGCUUCUCUCUUGCUGAUGCUGAAAACCUACCUUAGUGAAGACAUAUUUCAACACGCCCUUAUUCUUUACCUACAUAAUCAUAGCUAUGCAUCCAUUCAGAGUGAUGAUUUGUGGGAUAGCUUUAAUGAGGUUACAAACAAAACUCUAGAUGUAAAGAAAAUGAUGAAAACCUGGACUCUGCAGAAAGGAUUUCCUUUAGUGACUGUUCACAGGAAAGGAAUGGAACUCUCUAUAAAACAAGAGAGAUUCUUCUUAAGUAUGAAACCUGAAGUUCAGACUGCAGAUGCAAACUACCUUUGGCAUAUUCCAAUAUCUUAUGUUACUGAUGGAAAAAAUUAUUCAGAAUAUCAUGCAGUAUCAUUACUGGACAAGAAAUCAGGUACCAUCAAUCUUACAGAGCAAGUGCAAUGGGUCAAAGUCAAUGCAAACAUGACUGGCUAUUACAUUGUGCACUAUGAAGACGAUGACUGGGCCGCACUCAUCCAACAGCUGAAAAGAAAUCCUUAUGUCCUGAGUGACAAAGACCGAGCCAGCCUCAUCAACAACAUCUUUGAACUUGCAGGCCUAGGCAAGGUGCCUCUUCAGAGGGCCUUUGAUUUGAUUGAUUACCUUAAAAAUGAGAAUAACACUGCGCCUAUCACUGAAGCCCUGUUCCAGACGGGCCUCAUCUUUCACCUCCUUGAAAAACUGGGGCACAUGGAUCUGGCCUCAAGACUGGUGGCCAGGGUACAUAAAUUGCUUCAAAACCAAAUCCGACAACAGACUUGGACUGAUGAGGGCACCCUAUCCACGCGAGAGCUUCGCACAGUCUUGCUGGAAUUUGCUUGCACCCACAACCUGGAAAACUGCAGUACUGCUGCCAUGAAGCUGUUUGAUGAGUGGGUGGCAUCUAACGGAACUCAGAGCCUACCUACUGAUGUCAUGACACCUGUGUUCAAAGUUGGAGCAAAAACUGAUACAGGCUGGUCAUUCCUCUUAAGCAAGUAUGUUUCUAUAAGCUCUGAAGCUGAGAAAAACAAAAUACUUGAAGCUCUUGCCAGUUCAGCAGAUACACGGAGACUUUACUGGUUAAUGAAGAGCAGCCUCGAGGGAGAUAUCAUCCGAACACAGAAGUUGUCAUUUAUCAUUAGGACAGUGGGCCGAGGUUUUUCUGGACACUUGUUGGCAUGGGAUUUUGUCAAAGAAAACUGGGAUAAGCUUGUACAGAAGUUCCAUCUUGGGUCCUAUACCAUACAAAAUAUUGUUGCUGGAUCAACUCACCUGUUUUCAACAGAGGCACAUUUUUCUGAGGUCCAGGCAUUUUUUGAAAAUCAGUCAGAGGCAACCUUUCGGCUUCGGUGUGUCCAGGAGGCUUUGGAAAUCAUUCAAUUGAAUAUCCAGUGGAUGGAGCACAACCUGAACACUCUGACGUGGUGGCUGUAGCACGCAAACUGUACCUCAUUCCGUCACCCAUUCAGAGAGCUUGUGAACUUGGGCUCCGCUGCUUUUGCAAAGACUGAGGUGAAUCCAGGAUGGCUGCCAAGUUGUAUGUACUCUUAGGAGUUCUAGUUAGCUCAGGGCCCAACUGUGUUUUUCAUUUGUCUUUUCUGAAAUGUCCUUAAGCAGUGUGUAUUUAUUACAUUAUAUUCAACUAUAUGCCAGUCAUCUACCAAAUCAGUGAAUGUUUUUUUCUACUUUGAGGAUAUACCAGUGGAGGAAAACUAGUUUGGGAACUCUUCUAUUUCUCAGGAUCUUGAAGUUACCCACACAGUAAAACAAGGAAAAGGCUGCCACAACAGCCACCAUCCUUGCAGGCUGCUGAUUUGUUGCUUCUUCUUGGUGGAUGCUAUUGGAAUGUGGUACAAAUUUAGCCUCAGAGUACAGGAAUGAAUACAUUGAAACAUCUGGCUGUAGAGAACUGAUCUCAGGUGUGCAAAUCUACUUGCAUUUGGGGUUUUGAGUAAUUCUUUAUUUUCUGAGAAAAGUUUAAAUAAUACCUAUAACAAUUCUAUUUUUUUUCCUGCAGAAUAGCCAGGUGCUACAGAACUUGUAAAUUUUUUGUUGUAUUGAAUAACUAAGCAGGCCAAAAAGUUAAAUUGUGCAAAUAUUUAACACUUUCUGGUUUAUCUUGUAUAGCAUUACCACAGGAGAAUAUUCGAUAUUUUUUUUCACAAAUGCCAGUAUCCCCCAGGCCUACAUAGUCAUCACUCCUGCCCUAGAUUGACUUUAUGUUAUAGAUAAGUAUUUCUGUAUUUUUGGUAAACAUUGUGUUAACGCUGGUAUUUUUUGUCAUAGCCUUUUGUCCUCACAAAUUAUAUUAUGAUCCCAAUCAUACCCUCUGUAGAUCUCAUUUUAUAUGAUAACAGUGGCAUAUUAGAAGCGUAUUUUAAAAUAGGGUCUUUGAGAAAUUACAGAUUUUUAUUUGAAGUUCACCAUAGUACCUUAAAGGAACAAAGGAGAAUAUGGGGUAGGAGUAAGUUGAAUUCACGUUUAAUAUGGUGGGCUCUGAAUUUUUCCACUAUUAAAAAUGUGCUUUUCUUUGGUUGAAAGAAAAAAAUCAUAGUCUUUCUUUUAUUCUGGCCAAACUAGCAUUACAUGGAGUGGUCAAAGAAGAAAAAAAUGAGAGAAUAUCCAAAAUCAAAUGGCAUUUUUAUUCCUUCUGAAGGAAAAAUACCGUACUUGAAUUAUUUGAGCUAUGCAGACCUAUAUCUAGAGUGUUGUGUUUCUUUGUUUCUUAGGAGAGAAGUUUUCUUCCUAAUAACUCUUGAGAACUUUAUAUUUUGUUUGAAAGUGUCUAUGUACAUAAAAAUGGGAGUUACUCAUUUACGAGCACUUAAAACACUCCACAGAAUCAGACAAUGGAAAAGGUCACCUUUUUUUUUUUUAUUCAGCAGAUGUAAAGUUAGAAUAUGUGGGGUUGUGUAUAAAAUUCUAUUUUAUUUUAUGAAAAUAUUUUUAUAUAACAAAAUUUAAAAGGCUAUUAAACUAAAAGAUAGCCUUGCUUUAAUCCUAGUGUGUAUUCCCCCAGCUUAGUCUUUUCUAACCAUUUGUUCCUCUGUUUUUGUGUAGGAAAUAUAUCCUGAGAAUCAUAUCUUUAGACAUUGAAACUGAGAUGAUAGUAGAUCUUUAUUCUUCUUAUGCUUUGGUAAAUGAGUGAUGAUUAAGUAGAUAUUAAAAGUAGGGUUUUGUAUUUUCUGAGUAAGGGAGAAAUACUAAACUUUUGAGGCGUUUGUGUGUGUGUGUGUUGUUGCUUUUUUUUAAACCAUGCUGUAUUACUAAAUUCCACUUCAUAAUUUAAAAUUUGCUAACUUCUCAAAAUCAGUUAAGAUUCUUCAUUUUUACCUGCCUAUCUUUACAUUACUGUAAAAUAUGUUAACUCUGCAUAUGGCAAAUCUUGUCUUAAAUUAUAUGGGUUUUUUCUGUGUGUGUAUGUGAGAGAGAGAGGAUGAGAGAGAAUGUGUGUGUGUGUGUGUGUGUGUGUGUGUGUGUGUGUGUGUGUGUAUGAUGGAGUAUUAUAAGUAAAGCUUUGUCAAAACAUGGGCUGAGAGGUAACUUAUGAUCCACUGCUGUCUUUAUACUCAAAAGCGGUUCAUUCCUAUGAUACUGGAUAGGUAAUUGCCAUUUUAUUUGUAGCUCUUCUCUCAAUGAUUUAUAGUUUUAGUAGCCCUCACCUAAGUUUUUUCCACACAGUUCCAUGUUUUAUGUUAUCCUGACCCAUUUAUAUAGGAUCUCUUGGAACUAACUUUUAAGUCAGGAAUAUAAAGUUAAAUAAAAGGUAGGACUUAAUGUUAUUAGUUUUUAUAUUUUUUUCACCCAAAAUAUAUCUUGUGCAUAUGUUUGUGGGAAUUCAUAUUGAAGCAAAAAGUCACAGUGUGCUUUUUAUAUAAGCAUACAGAUUCCUGCUGCAAUUGAGUACUUGAAUGUAGUACUUAAGUUUUCUGUUCAUUGCAGAGAAUAGUCUACAACGUGAAUGUGAUAUAAAAAAUACAUUACAGAUUAUUAGGAAGGACUGAAUUGGAAAUCUAGAGUUAUGCUUUGGAGGUGUGAAAGGUCAUGAAAGUAGAAGUUGGAGGAAUUCAGUUUGUUGUUAAAAUGAAAAUGAUUAGAUAUAUUAAUCUGUAAGUAGUGGCAGAUUCCACUAUAAGCUUGUGCCUUUAUCUUAUUUUAUUUAAGUCUCUUUAAAUGAAAUUGUGCUGUCAUUGUUUCAGUAUACAGAGUUUCUAUCAUGCAUUCUACUUAACUCUGAUUUUUCUUUGACAUAAUGUGCUUUUGUUUUUUGGGACUUUAGCUACUGUAAGAUCAGAGGAGCUCUCAGAAGAGUCCUCAGUAUAAGGAGCAAAUCAAGCUGCUUCUGUGGGACUAGGUACAGAUAGAAUCUGUUCUGAAUAUGUAUUGGGAAGUAAGAAAUUAAAAUUAAGUACUCAGCUUGUUACAUUCCUGAUAGCCUGUUGUUGCCUGUCACUGGAUUGGAUCUUAAGAGUGUAUUCAGGUCACAGUGUCUGGAAGCACAGUCUACAGUUAUGCUGCUGAACAUUUCCCUGAUGACCACGCGUGUCUCAGUGCUGCAGGAAAGGUAUCAUGCAUCUCAGAUGUGUUGUCACCAUGGACAGCAGUUCCUGGAAAUCUGUAGAGUUACAGAAAAUUGCAAAACUAGAAGUGGGUUUUGUUACGUAGGCCUAUGUAAGAACUAGGGUCGCAGAUCAGAUGCACCUCUUCUCUCCAUUUCCUCAUUACUUACAUUUUUGUUGGAAUUGGCUCACUUUUUAAGAAGCUUCCCUCUCUUAUUUGUAUAUUUUUAAACUAAGUGUACAUUUUUGCAGGAUGUUUGCAUUCUUUUAUUUUGUGCUUCAUUCUCUUCAUUGGCAAAUACUAAGUGAAAAGUGGAGGUCCAAAAGUAUGAUAAAUCUCCUCUUCUCCCUUCCCUUGUUGCUCGAAUGGGCAAUAACUAGUAGAAUAGUAGAAUAGUUUUUUGGUUUUUUUUU